UACCGGCUGCGGCUGCUGAGGGGCCCGCGGUUGUGCGGGGCAGGUUCGCCUCGGCGGUGCCCCAUGGAGGAGGCGACGCGCACGUUUGCAGAUCCGAAUGGUCGAACCUCCCACUGGACGGCGACGAAGCCGCUGGCCGCGCGAGCGCAGGAGCGGGGAGCCCAUGCGGCCUGUGUGGAGGUGUGAGCAGAGGUGACCGGAGCGGAGAGCGGAGGGGAAGCGGCGCCGCCGGUCCGCCGGCUAGGGGUUUCCCAACUGUGAUUGACCUUUACAGAGAGUGGGAGCAGAAUUAUCAGGUCUGAGAAUAGCAAAGCAGCUCAUUCCUUUCAGGACAUCCACAUUGAUGUCCUAUUUCAAACUAUUUGAAGACUGCAUCAUCCUGCCUCCAUUACCAGCAGUUUCUCUGUUCUGUGAUCAAUGUGAUUCACAAGAACUUCUUAAGUAACAAACGAAAUGAGCCAGGGGCAUGGAAAAUAUGACUUUUAUAUUGGUCUGGGAUUGGCUAUGAGCUCCAGCAUUUUCAUUGGAGGGAGUUUCAUUUUGAAAAAAAAAGGCCUUCUGCGACUUGCCAGAAAAGGCUCCAUGAGAGCAGGUCAAGGUGGCCAUGCAUAUCUUAAAGAAUGGUUGUGGUGGGCUGGACUGCUAUCAAUGGGAGCGGGCGAAGUGGCCAACUUUGCUGCAUAUGCCUUUGCACCAGCCACCCUAGUGACUCCAUUAGGAGCUCUCAGCGUCCUAGUAAGUGCCAUUCUUUCUUCAUACUUUCUAAAUGAAAGACUUAAUCUUCAUGGGAAAAUUGGAUGUUUGCUAAGUAUUCUAGGAUCUACAGUUAUGGUCAUUCAUGCUCCAAAAGAAGAGGAGAUUGAGACUUUAAAUGAAAUGUCUCACAAACUAGGGGAUCCAGGUUUUGUGGUCUUUGCAACACUUGUGGUCAUUGUAUCCUUGAUAUUAAUCUUCGUGGUGGGACCUCGCCAUGGACAGACAAACAUUCUUGUGUAUAUAACAAUCUGCUCUGUCAUUGGAGCGUUUUCUGUCUCCUGUGUUAAGGGCCUGGGUAUUGCUAUCAAAGAGCUGUUUGCUGGAAAGCCUGUACUACGACAUCCCCUGGCCUGGAUUCUGCUGUUGAGCCUUAUAGUCUGUGUGAGCACACAGAUUAAUUACCUGAACAGGGCCCUGGACAUAUUCAACACUUCCAUCGUGACUCCAAUAUAUUACGUAUUCUUUACAACAUCAGUUUUAACUUGUUCAGCUAUUCUUUUUAAGGAGUGGCAAGAUAUGCCUGUUGAUGAUGUCAUUGGUACUUUGAGUGGCUUCUUUACAAUCAUUGUGGGAAUAUUCUUAUUGCAUGCCUUUAAAGACGUCAGCUUUAGUCUAGCAAGUCUGCCUGUGUCUUUACGAAAAGACGAAAAAGCAGUGAAUGGCAAUCUCUCUAAUAUGUAUGAAGUUCUUAAUAAUAAUGAAGAAAGCUUAACCUGUGGAAUUGAACAACACACUAGUGAAAAUAUCUCCCGAAGAAAUGGAAACCUGACAGCUUUUUAAGAAAGAUGUAAUUAAAAGGUUAAUCUAUAAUUGUGUUAUAAAGUGAAUUUGAAUAUCAGAAUGUGUCUGAAAAAGCAUUGUUCUCAAUGUUCUCUAGAGACAAUCUUUUUUUUUUUUUUGAGGAAGAAUAGCCCUGAGCUAACAUCCGCCACCAAUCCUCCUCUUUGCUGAGGAAGAGUGGCCCUGAGCUAACAUCUGUGCCUGUCUUCC